UGCACAUCUAAUUAGAAAUAAAUGCCAUAUAAACCUCACUCAUCAAAAGGGGACACUUCCCCUUUAAGAGCAGGAAACAGAGGUGACUUCCACCUGGGGAUGUGACAGUUGGUUCAGUCCGUUGGUUGUCACUUUGGUGAGAGACAUCGGGCUACAGCGCGUUUCCUGCGAUCUUUGCGAUUUUUUCUGCAAGUUCUGCAAGUUUGCUGCUCAUCGUCAUCAGAGCAUUUUUUGGCUUCCCCCUAGUUUGAUAUAAUCCAUCCUUAUCAGAACUAGUUUUUUGGGAUAGCCAGGGUCUCCUCAGGGAGACCCCUUGGGGUACCCGGCCUUGUGCCGGUCCCAUUUUUUUUCUUCCAGAAGCGACACCAUCUUCGACUUCUGCGUUUUUUGAAAGACGACUGAAACAUCAUGGACCGCUCCCUAGAGAUGGAGUCGGUUUUGUUGACCUGGAAGAACUUCAGGGAGGAGGAGGAGACAGACAUCGAGAGUCUCCUCUAUUUUUAUGAACAUCACUACAGGAGAGAGUUCGGGAAGAUCGACGACUUAGCCAACUUCCUGAUCCGAUAUGCAGCCACCCACCAGUACCUGACUAGGGCGAACCUCGUCUACUUCAUCUACGUGGUCAUGAAUCUGGAACAACUGGAUAAUAUUGUGGCUGAUUUCCAGCUGCCGGAAUCACCUCUCAGAGACAUCAACAUGGACCCAGAGGAGGUUGCUGAAGCCUUGAAAACCUUAAGAUCAAUAUCGGAGGGCAUGGAGAGAAAACUCCUCGAGAAGGAGAAGGAGCUGGAAGAAGCUGCCAUGACCAGUCAACAGGAAAAGGUGGAGGAAGAUCACCUGCAGGAAGAGGAGACCAAUCGAGAGGAGCAAGAAGAGGUCGAACACCAUUUAGAGGAACGAGAGAAGCAAAAGAAGGAACCAGACGAAGAUGUUCCUGCCGAAAAGAAAGAGGAUGUGGAAGAUCUGGAGAAAGACGAUCCUCAUGAACAGCAAGAAGAGGGGAUAGAACUGGAGAAACAAGAGGAGCAAAUGCAGGAACAAGAGGAAGAUGUUCCUGCUGAAAAGAAGGAAGAGGCAGAAGAACCAGCGAAAGAUGAUCCUGCUGAAAAGAAAGAAGAGGUGGAAGAACUGGAGAGAGGUGUUCCUGCCGAAAAGAAAGAGGAUGUAGAAGAUCUGGAGAAAGAUGAUCCUCCUGAACAGCAAGAAGAGGGGAUAGAACUAGAGGAACAAGAGGAGCAAAUGCAGGAACAAGAGGAAGAUGUUCCUGCUGAAAAGCUAGAAGAGGCAGAAGAACCAGAGAAAGUUGAUCCUGCUGAAAAGAAUGAAGAGGUGGAAGAACUGGAGAGAGGUGUUCCUGCCGAAAAGAAAGAGGCUGUAGAAGAUCUGGAGAAAGAUGAUGCUCCUGAACAGCAGGAAGAGGGGAUAGAACUAGAGGAACAAGAGGAGCAAAUGCAGGAACAAGAGGAAGAUGUUCCUGCUGAAAAGCUAGAAGAGGCAGAAGAACCAGAGAAAGAUGAUCCUGCUGAAAAGAAAGAAGAGGUGGAAGAACUGGAGAGAGAUGUUCCUGCCGAAAAGAAAGAAGAGGUGGCAGAAAUGAAGAAAGAUGAUCCUCCUGAACAGCAGGAAGAGGUGAUUGAACUGGAUGAACAAGAGGAGCAAAAGCAGGAACAAGAGGAAGAUGUUCCUGCUAAGCAAAAACAGCAGCAGCCAACCCGGAGAAGAAGGGUUUCAAUCAGGCUCCAGAGGAUCUGGCGUUCCACCAAGAAGUUCUUCCGAGGGAUCAACUGUCGUCGCCCCACUCCUGCGCCGUAAAUACCCUACACCCACACUGGACCCCACACAUUCACACAUACACUUACACACGCACCCUCCCUUCCAGACACACAUAUUAAAGAAACCAUUCAGUAUUAAAAUAAACAUUAGGUAAAUAGAUAGGAUGUGCAAAAUAAAAAAUCUUUUGAAUAUAGU